AUGUGCGAUGCUGAGGGAGUUCCACGUACGUUCACAGUUACGAAAAUCGAUACCAUUACAAAACCAUUAACAAGAAGCAGACUGAGUCAAGGGGACAAGCAGUUUCUGUUCGAAAACGAUAUUCAUCUCUUCAUCAACCAUACUGUCGAGAAGAUCCAGCCAGAUAUCCUUUUUGGUUGCGCCGAUCUUUCAUCACUCCUCAAAGAUGGACCAGGAGCUCAAACAACACUCCCAUCCGGAUUGAAAGCAACCCUUUCGAGACUGGGAUAUCUCAUAUCUGGACGAAGCGGCGAAGAGUUAGUCUACUCGGAAAGUUCGGUAGAAGUAGGCCAAACAAUAGCCUUAGAGGACACAGAUAAUGAUUUUGCGCAGACUUGGGAGCAGUUCUGUGAAUUCGAGAAGUCUGGAGUUAAGGAAUUUUCGGGUCCAAUAACGGAGGAACUGAAGCAGACAAACGCAGAAGUUGGAAAGCUUUUGAAACUAUCGAAAAGAAAGAAGAUGAAUACUAUGAAGGAUCCCAAUCUACUGCAGCAGUACGACGACACGAUCAAGAGUCAACUCGAGCUGGGUAUCAUCGAAGAAGCUGCUGAGGAUUUAAUAGUCGAGGAAGGAGAAGUUGUGCACUACCUAGCACAUCAAGCCGUUGUCACGCCGCACAAAGAAACUACCAAGCUACGCGUUGUGUUCGAUGCUUCAGCACAUCUAAGCAAUUCCCCGUCGCUGAACGACGUUCUCUAUCAAGGACCAGUCAUUCUUACAAAGAUGUGGGACAUCUUGCUCCGGCUUAGAUUUGGAGAUGUUGCCAUCAUCAGCGACGUCGAAAAAGCCUUUCUGCAAGUACGAGACAUCCACAAACCACUCACUCAGGAGAAUCUAGUGUUCUUCCGGUUUACAAGAGUGACCUUUGGAUUGAACUGCUCUCCCUUUCUGUUUGCUGGAACCAUAGUGCAUCACCUAAGAACGCAUGUUGAGGACCAGCUCGCCAAGGAAAUCGAAGACAACACAUAUGUGGACAAUCUCAUCGUAACCAAAAGAUCAUCAGACAAAAGGUUGCGGUUUUACAAAGAUUCGAAAGUCGUUUUCAAGGAGCUCAGUAUGAACCUUCGCGAAUUUCAAUCCAAUGAUAAGCAGUUGAAGAAACGAAUCACGUCCGCCGACCUAGCUGGAAAUGAUAACUCGAAAGUCUUUGGAAUACUAUGGAGCACUGAGAAAGAUGAACUAGUGCUUUCGUGCAACUACCCUCCGAAAGCGAAAGUGACAAAGAGGUCAGUCUCAGAACAAGUUGCUGCAAUAUACGACCCUCAAGGAUGGCUCACACCUCUCACGCUGGCCGGUAAAAGAUUCCUCCAAUCGCUGUGGAAAUUCGUCUACGCCUGGGAUAAGGAGAUAUCUGAGGAGCAUCAGCAGCAAUGGAAAGAUAUCAACCAAGCAGUCAAUGGCUUUCAGUGUGUGUUGCCGCGAAAGGUCGCUCAGAUCGACACGCCAACAAAGCUUGUGCUGUUCUCAGACGCUAGCGGACAAGCUAUGGUAACGUAUGCUUACCUUGCUUCCACCCUGGGAAGCAAUUUACUCGCUGGAAAAUCCAAACUUCCACCCAUCACAGACAUCGUGACGAUUCCAAAAUUAGAGCUCAACGCCACUACAAUGGCUACUCGAGUUGCACACUCAAUCUUUACGGCGAUUCAAUACCGCACAAGGAUCUCAGAAAUAGUCAUCCUGUCUGACUCACAAAUUACUCUCAAAUGGAUAGCAUCGCCUUGCCCUGCCAAAGAAAAGGCAGGAGUAUUUGUUAAGAAUCGUGUAACCGAGAUACGAAAGAUUGUGAAGGACAUUCCAGUCAAUGUUCACUUUGGAUAUAUACCAAAUGACGUGGAGAACGACAGCUGCGCGCUUCCAGUAUCGUCGGCGAGAAGAACUCACAUUAUGGAACUAUUGGACUGGAAGAGGCACGACGAAAUGAAUUCGGUCAUUACCACAGUUGCAUACGUCCUAAGAUUCCUCAAACGCCUUAUGGGAAACAGAGAAUCACGACUCCAGUCCAGAGUUCUAGAAAACAUUCCAGAACUACGUCACAUGAAAACGGAUUCCUAUAUUACUGCCAAAGAAAGGCAAAUGGCUCUACAAGUAGUUGCGUGCAAUUACCAAGCAGUUCACUUAACAGAAGAUCGUCAGAGAACGCUUAAGCAACUAAAACUGCAGAAAGACGACUCUGGAAAAUCCCGUUGUCGAGGUCGCAUGGACAACUCCAUCCUGCCAUACCAAGCUCGACAGCCGAUCUUCAUAGUUGCCAAGAGCGAUCUCUUCAUAGUUGCCAAGAGCAAAAGCGAUAGUGAGGGAAUCACACAGUCCAAUACAUUGCAGUACUGCGCAUACCAUGGCAAACGUGAGGAAAUACUACUGGAUUCCCAAACUUCGACAGCUAGUGCAACAAGUCUUCAGGAGAUGUGUUCCGUGUCAGAAAAUGAACAACCUUCCGUUCAAGUAUCCGGAGAUGGAGGACCUCCCUGA